AUGGCUGGCUCUGAGUCCGGUGAUGAUGACGAUGGUCCAACCAUCAACGACGAGCUCAGGGCCACAGGGCAGAUCCCCGAUGACGAAGACGACAUGGGAGAUGCUGCUCAUCUCUUGUUCGGUAGGAGUGCUGCUCCGACCAACCGAGACGAUGCAGCGGCUAGUGCUGCGGCCACCAGCGAUGCAGCAUCUCUGGCUUCGUCCACCACUACGGGAGCAAAAGCACCUCGGAUUCUUCUUCUGAGCGGGGGUGCUCGUAACGUGGAUUCUCGCCGGACCAUGCCAGAGAUAUCGGUGUCCGAGGAGCAUAGCACAGGCUCUACAGGGCGAAAGGGACCUAGAGUGUCUGGUUCUCUGGCUGAGGAUGCCGAAUAA